GCGUGAUGACUGCGACUGCGACUGAGCUGACGGCUACGCGGUGACGACGGUGGUGCGUGCCGGCGACAGUAUAAUAAUUUUUUCGGGUUGUUUUCGUUUGCGCGGCGGUGCACAGUCAGUCCGCGCGCGCGCGGGUUUGUUGUCGUUGCGUAGUAUUGUUUUCAUUGCAAACAUUUCCGCGGAAAGGCCGUCGCGUCUCGCGUGUUUCUCUAGUACGGACGACCCGCGACCGUGAAUAUAUAUAUAUAUAUAUACACGCACACACACCUAUCGACCGAUACGCGUAUAUAUAUAUAUAUAAUCGUGAUUGAACUCGUGGAAUAAUAAUAACAAUAAUAAAAAAAAAAAACACUUUUGUCGUUCGAAAUAAAUAAGUUUUUUUCGCGAAUAUAAUAUUACACACAAUAUUAAAAACCGUCGCAGUGAGUGGAUACGAUCGCGUAUAUUACGUAUAUUAAUAUUUUACCCAUAUCGUCAUCAUCAUGCACACGCUGUUCGGCGAUCAAAACGCGUACUACCGGACGGGCAUGUACCCGGGCACGUCCAACCCGGCCGCGUAUCCAGGCGCGUACGAGCAGUACGCCAGGUACGGGUACAACCCGGCGGCCGGUUACCAGGCGUCGCAUCACCAUCACCACCAUCACGUGGUGUCGGCAGCUGCGGCCGCGGCCAAGGACAUGGUCAAGCCGCCGUACUCGUACAUCGCCCUGAUAGCGAUGGCCAUACAGAACGCGUCGGACAAGCGGUGCACGCUCAACGGUAUCUAUCAGUUCAUCAUGGAGCGGUUCCCGUACUACCGGGAGAACAAGCAGGGCUGGCAGAACUCGAUCCGGCACAACUUGAGUCUGAACGAGUGUUUCGUCAAGCAGCCGCGCGACGACAAGAAGCCGGGAAAGGGCAGCUAUUGGACGCUCGACCCGGACUCGUACAACAUGUUCGACAACGGGUCGUACCUGCGGCGCCGGAGACGGUUCAAGAAGAAGGACGCGCUUAAGGAGAAAGAGGAGGCGAUUAAGCGGCAGCAGGAGCUCAUGCUGAAGAAGGUCACCGAGGAACAGUGCAAGUUGCUGUUGCACGGCGGAAGCGGUGGCGUCAAGGAGCUGAUGCACGUCGACUGCAACAAGCAGCCGAAAAAAGAGCCGGGCGUACAGCCGCCGUCCACGCCGCACCAGUCGACCGGCGGUGACCCGGCCGCGCCACCGACGUCUGGUGGCCCCGCUUCGUCGGUGGCACCGCCGCCGCCUCCGGCGUACCACCAGCAUCACCAUCACCUGCAGUACGAUAACGAUCACCAGGACGAUUCACCGUCGGCCGCCACGAGCAAUCACCUGCACCAUCACCAUCACAGGUACAUGACCACUCCGACUGUGGCGGCCGCCGCUGCAGCCGCCGCAGCCGCUACCGGCGAUCACCACCACAAUCACGGUGACGAGUUCGCCUCGCACCAUCACCAGUACGUGGCCGCUGCCGCGGCAGCCGCGGCGGGUCAUCACCGGCCACCCGGCUGGUAUAGCGCCGAUCCGUCGGACUUUUUCGACGCAGUCGUGCCCAACCCCGUGGCCGCGGCAACGGCGGCCGGUUGUGGGUUCCGCAACUCGCAUCACUCCACUCCUGGCACCCACACACAGCUACAUAACUACUAUCAACUGCAGCAGCAGCAGCAGCAGCAACAACAACAACAGCAACAGCAGCAGCAACAACAACAACAGCAACAACCGCACGACGGUAACUCAUCCGUCAAGUUUUCGUCACAACUAUAACGACGACGACUACGACGGGGAAGGGCGAGCUGCUGCUACUGCUGUCAGACGAACAAAUUGUACUCGUCCGCGUGAGAAGUCAGAAAAACGCGUCGCGCGCCGCGACCGAGACGAUUGUGCCGCAGGAAGACGAGAGAGAGAAGAAAAAAAUUCACCAAAUCGAGACACGAACCACAUGCUGCCGGCUGUCACUCCUCGGAAAACGCGCCCGACAACUAGGCUUAUCAGGUGACGGACGGACGGACGGUCGUGCGUGUAUCUAUCGCGGUGGCUCACAGUCCGACGCCCAUUUGUGUGUGUAUGUGUGUGGGUGUGUGUGUGUGUGUGUGUGUGUGUGUGUGUGUGAGUGUGCAGUCAAUGUUUGUUUUAUACAUAUUAUAUAUUAUUAUUAUUAUUAUUUGUAAUUUUUUUUCAAUUCAUCAUGUAUUAAACGCUCCGCGAAGAUUCGAUAAUUUUACACAUUUCAACUGCAGUACAAUAACGUAUAUACGUAUAUAUAUUUAUAUAUAUUAUAUAUUAAUAUUAUAGUAUUAUAUUGUAUUUACUGAUAUAUAUUUAAGUUUUGUAUACAAGGUGGCCUACCGUGGUUUCCCAUUUUCCUGCGUUAGCUAAUAAUAAUGGUCAUCGGGAAAACUCGUGGACCAUCGCGUAUAUACAUAAUAAUAUGGUAUAGGUACUUCAGCCAGUUAAGCCACUAUAUUGUAUAUAUUGUUCAAUGCUUAAGUUGAAAAAUUAAUUAUAAGGAGACAUAAUCAAGUUACACAAUAUUAACAAAAAAAAUAUAUAUAUAUCCUUUUUAUACGAGUGUUGCUUUGAUUAAACAAUUGAAGUAUAAGAGUCAAUAACGUCCCAUUCUAUAUGUAAUAACUCUCGGUAGAUUUACGUCAAACUACAAUGAUGAGAAACGAAAUUACAAUAUUUAGAAAUAUUAUUAAUUUUAAUUAAUUGUUUUAUUCAUUUUUUUUAUAAUGUUUCUCAAAAGUAUAAAAAGGAUGUUUUGAAAGUUGUUAGUUUUAUAGUUAUGAUUUUAUUUCCUCGUCAAAUAACAAUUUCAAGCAUUGUAUACGGUUAGGUUUAUCGUUAUAUACAUCAUCCCCGCUAUACGUCAUUUGCUAUAAUAUAUUAUAAUAAUGAUAUUUUACGUAAAUCAUACAGAUAAAAUCGCGUACAAUUUCAAAUAUUUUAUCGGAUCAUUCUUUAUAAAUAUAUGCAGUUAUCAUAUCGUAUAUUAUUGUUUUCGCGGUGCAUUCGCUUGAUAACAUGCGCAUCGCGAGGUGAAAUCAUAAUAAUAUUAUUUUAUUACCUCAUAAAGCCGUAAUAUUACCACUAUGAAAUGAAUAAAAUAUGUAUAUACAAAUGUGAUAUACUUACAAAUCACAAUCGUAUAGUAAAGUCGUAUACGAAUUGUCACGAGCUCAACACGUCAUUAUGGUAUUGUUUAAACAGUAGAGAAGUCGAAGGUAGAAACGUUCGCGAGUUUUUUCACAUCCAUUCGUAAACUCUAUACCGACGAUAUCUGAGAAAAAUAUUUCAUACUGUCGUUCAACGUAUGAACUUCGAGGUAAAGUGAAACUAUAUGUGAUCAUCACUAGGUCGUGAUCCAUAUAUUUUGGAAUAUCCGAAUGUAUACGACGUGUAUGAUUUUGGCUUAUCAUUCUGAUUCCGCCUCCACGAUGCGUGCCUUUAUCGGCAAUUUGUAGCGGACACUGUAAGCAUUUAAAAACGUAAUAUAUUAAAUUACAUAGAUUAUAAUGCGUAUAUUAAUAACUUAAUCAUUUUAAAUUAUUGUGCACUCUCCCAGCAGUCAAUAUAAUACAUAAUUUAUGUAAACGGUAUAUUAGUUCCAAAAUACGUUUUUGACGUAAUCGUAAAUGUUAAUUGUUAUCAAUGUUUCAAUCGUUCUCCAUUCACUGCUGUAUGCGCAUCUGAUACGAUUUCACUCGGACUCUUAUUCUUUUACCUUAGUAAUAUAUUACCAUUUACUAUUAUAAUUUAUAAUAUUGAACAAUAGCUGCAGUACUUAAAUACAACUUAAUUUCUUCGUUGAACAACGUGUAAUUCAAUAUUGUAUAUACUUACGAAAAACUGUACCUAUAUUCGUAUUUGCUUUAAUUAUUAUUCUUCUAUUGUAAAAUCGGUAUCUAUAUGUAUAUAUUAUGUAAAUAGCCUGUACAAUUUUUGAUACGUUUGUGUCAUAGCUUUCUGUUAGUAUAUACCUCGAACGCGCUUUACAUUAAUCAAUAUAACUUUAGGAUUCGGUGAUAAUUCUAAAUUUAUAUAAAUAGUUAAUCCAUAUUUUAUUUUAAGUUUUAAGCGCAACUGCAUAUAAAAACAAAACGGACCAAAAAUAAGAUUAAUUAAUACCUAUGAGUAAACCAUUAGAAAAUUAACGAAAAUUUUUGAUUCUUAAAAAAAUAAAUACCCUAAAAAAAAAAAUUUAGAAAAACGUUAAUUAAGAAACUUAUAAAUAGGUAUUAUUUAUUAUUAUUUUUUAUGCUUUACAACCAUAAGAAAUACAAUAAGAAAAAAAUUAAUUAACAAGUACGCAGAAUAAACUAGAUCUUUACAUAUUAUAAUAAUAUAAUGGAAGAAGCGGAAUAUAAUAUGUAUCUAUAUUGGUACCUAUAGGUACUAUUUAUAAUUUAAAAAUAAACAGUUUUGCAACAAGUCCAAUUUUUUUUUUAUUUUAUUAAAUAAAAAAAAGUUUAAACGUGAGUUAUUUUUUGAUGUAAAAUUCGUUCGUGGUAAUGCCGGUAGUGAGCUGUACCCUGUACGUAUAUAUAUAUAUAUAAUAAUAAUAUAUACCCAUAUCGGUAUAUAAUAUACACCUGUUGUAACACGCGCGCGUCUGUGUAAUAUUGUACGCGCAUAUAUAUUUAUAAUAUUUUAUUGUAUUUUAUAUUACUCGUCAACUUUUUAGUACAACAAUUUUAAUCAAAAUAAUAUGUAAAUAACUUGCUAUAAUAUUAUGUAAAUCAGUAAAUCUACAUGUAAAAGGAAUUAUACGAUUUCACGUUUGAUUAUAAUAUAAUAUUAUAAAUAAUAUAUAUCAUAUUGCAUUGUGUACAA